UGUAAAAAUAUGUAUACAAUUUUAUUAGUGGGUGUGGGUCAUCUGAUUUGAAUAAAGAUGAUAACUGUGUUGGUCCACCAUUUAAAACUGAAGUAUUACUUGUAAAUGAGCAGAAUGUUGAACUACUUAGUACAAAAAAUUCAACGUUUGAUAACAUUGUCACUUCAGAGUAAGUAAUCUACUAAUCUCACAAGUCAAAUUUAUGCUGGUAUUGGUUCAUAAUAUAAUAAAUGAAUAUACUAUUUUAUUAGUGGGUCAUCUGAUUUGAAUAAAGAUGAUAACUGUGUUAGUCCACCAUUUAAAACUGAAGUAUUACUUGUAAAUGAGCAGAAUGUUGAACUACUUAGUACAAUAAAUUCAACGUUUGAUAACAUUGUCACUUCAGAGUAAGUAAUCUACUAAUCUCACAAGUCAAAUUUAUGCUGGUAUUGGUUCAUAAUAUAAUAAAUUAAUAACCAUUGUUAUUUUGACAUUUUGUAUUAGUCUUACCAUUGAAAACAAAAUUAAUGAUCUAUCAAGAACCGAAGAAAACGGUUAUAUUUCUGAUGAAGUACAUGACAACCUUGUAACGAACAUUCCUAGGGAUGAUCCAGCGUUAUGGAUAGUGAAUGAAACAACCAAAGAUUAUUUUUCAUUUAAUGGCUUUAAUCAAAACUUGGAAAACAAUGAUUUUUCAAAAUCAAAAAGACUGUCUACAAAACGAGUGCGGGGUGUUCAGUGUUCCUAUAACAGAUAUUUCAGUCUUAAAUUUAUCAAAACUAAGUUGAUAAAUAACGAACCGUUCAAUCGUUCAUUUUUGGUAUAUUCCAAUAGUACCGGUAACGUUUAUUGUGCACCAUGUCGAUUAUUUGGAGGUAAAUCGGUUUUUGCUACAGUUGGUUUUAGUAACUGGAAAAAAGGAGAAGAAAAAAUAUCACAGCAUGAAAAUUCGAUUACUCAUAAAUCUUGUGUUCUUAAAAUGUCACAAAGAAGUUCUGUAGUUGAACGCAUUGAUAAACAACUUAUUUUACAAAUAGAAACAGAAAAGAUGUAUUGGGAAAAAGUGUUGACAAGAGUAGCAGCUGUUGUGAAAGCAUUGAGUUCCAGAGGACUUCCAUUGAGAGGACAUGAUGAUAAAUUUGGUUCUACUCAUAGUGGCAAUUUUAUAAUGAGUUUAGAGCUCAUAGCUGAAUUUGAUCCAUUUCUUUCCAAUCACAUUACACAAUAUGCCAAUAAAGGAAAAGGAAGUACAUCUUAUUUAUCUUUUGCAACUUUUGAACAAUUUGUUAACAUUAUGGCUGAACAAGUGAAAGAAACUAUAGUAAAUGAAAUUAAAGAUGCUAAAUAUUUCUCUUUAGUAGUAGAUUCAACGCCUGACAUCUCUCAUACUGAUCAAUUGUCAUUAAUAUUCAGAUAUGUCAAAAAGAAUGGUGAACCUGUUGAAAGAUUUUUACAGUUUUUUGCCAAUGCUGGACAUAAAUCUGAAGACAUGGCUGAUGCAAUUUUUAUGGCAUUAGGAGCAAAUGAACUGGAUAUUAAAAACUGCCGUGGUCAGUCAUACGACAAUGCAUCCAAUAUGUCAGGCAUGUACUCGGGACUUCAGGCAAGAAUAAAAGAAGCAUGUUUCCAUGCAGUUUACAUACCUUGUGCUGCACAUUCAUUAAACUUAGUUGGGGAAUGUGCAGCCAGUUGCUGUACACUUGCAAAUGAAUUUUUUUAUUUUCUUCAAAAUACCUAUACAUUUUUUUCUUCUUCAACUAAUCGUUGGAAUGUAUUGAAUGAAUGCCUUUCAAAAUCCAUAAAUUUAACAGUUAAGAGAGUAUCAGACACUCGGUGGUCUGCACGCCAUGAUGCUUGUCUAAGUUUAUCUCGAAAUUGGAAUGAAAUUAUAAAAGCUUUAAAUAUUAUUAUAAAUAGUUCAACAGAAAAAUCAACAACCAAAUGUGAAGCCAAAGGUUUGUUGAAAAAUCUGAAAAGUUUAGAAAUGGGUAUAUUAACAACACUUUGGAAUGAUAUAUUGGAAAGGUUCAACUGUAUUAGUAAAAAACUGCAGAGUGUUCACAUUGAUUUAACAACAGUUGUGACUUUGUACGAAUCAUUAAUAUAUUAUAUUCAAGACUUACGAAAUAGUUUUGCAUACUAUGAAAAAUUGGGUAAAGAAAAAUCUGGUGUAGAUAAGUACAAAAUUAAUCGAAAAAGAAAAAGGAAAAUGCCUCAUGGAGAAUCAAAUCAAAAUAAUUCAACAUUUCAACAAAGCGAUUCAUUUAGAAUAAAUACUUUUACAGUCAUAUUAGAUUCAUUAAUUGCAGAGCUGAACAAAAGAAAGAGUGCUUAUGAUACUGUUAAUAUAAAAUUUGGUUUUUUAUUUGAUCUUACUAAAUUGCCAUUGUCCAAGGUAAGAGAACAAGCCAUACAAUUGCAACUAGAAUAUCCAGAAGACCUUGGUUCUUCAUUCUCUAAUGAAUGUAUUCAUUUUCGAAGUCAUUUAUCUGGAUUAGAAGAUAAUAAUUUGCCGAUAACUGUUUUAGAUUUGUACAAAAUAUUAAAACAUCCUAAUAUUUCCAAUUUAUAUCCAUAUAUUGAAAUAGCAUUACGCAUGUAUUUAUGUAGUCCGGUAUCAAAUUGUUCUGCAGAACGAUCCUUUAGUGCACUGAAAAGAAUAAAGUCCUACUUAAGAUCAACUAUUGAUAAUGACAGACUUAAUUCGUUAGCUAUACUAAGUAUUGAAUCAGAAAUAACCAGUUCUCUCAAAUACAAAAAAGUAAUUGAAGAAUUUUCUAUUCAAAAGGCUCAUCGUAAAAAUAUAUAAUUAUAAUUUAAAAUGUUGUUUAUUUUUUUGUUUUCUUAUUAUAACCUUCACAUUCCUAUAUAUGAAUAAAUAUUUAAUUAAUUUUAUUCCAAUGUUAUAAGAUUUACCUAGUAAAAAAGAGUAAAAUCUAAAAUUAUAAUUUGUUUUAAGUACUAUUAUAAAGUAAAAUAGUUUAUAUGUUUA